AUGGGUGUUGCCUCAUCUAGAGAACCUUCGAUGGCCGCCAAAUCGUUUGUUGACGGGUUGAUCCAGUCGUCGAAGGUCGUCGUCUUCUCGAAAUCCUACUGCCCAUAUUGUCACAAGGCGAAAUCCGCCCUCGAAUCGCAAGGAAUGGCCCCGAAUGUGAUGCAAUGGGUCGAGAUUGACGGACGCGAAGAUAUGGACGACAUUCAGAACUACCUAGGGCAGCUGACUGGAGCCCGCUCCGUGCCGAGGGUCUUCAUCAACCAGAAAUUUUUCGGCGGAGGCGACGACACGGCUCGGGCCGCCAAGACCGGAGACUUGGCUCGACUGCUCAAGGAAGCUGGCGCCCUG